GCAACGAGUGCGUGGCACCCCGCGGUCAUCCAUCCACCCAUCCGUCGUGGUUCGUGUCGUCCCGACAAUCCGGUUUCGACCGUUUUGUACGCGGUGCAAGCGCGACUGCGGCCUCGCCCGUUGCCGCUCGUGUGUUAUUUACCAUCUUUAUCGACGCGAUUCGCGUGUGUUUGUCGUGAACGAACUCUUGAAAGAUCGCGAAGUAAUUUCACGAAAUUCCGCGACGGCGAAUCGAUAACGAGUUUCGGCGAAACUCCGAAAAUCCGGUGAUAGACACGGUCGCGGUUGGAUCUCUUUCGGGAGAGAAGAAACAAGAACACACGUGUGGAACAUUCGAGACGCCACAGCCUGACGUGUUAACGAGUGAUGCUGGUUGUUUGGCAAGGAGCUCGCCGUUGCCUGAGUUGCAGCGGGCAGCGCACCAAUCAGGGCCAUCAAUUCCACCAAAAGCAUCAUCGUCGCGAGCUAAUCAGCGAGAAGCUCGACCGGUAUCAUCUCGUUAGAUCCAGGGGAGAUGCGGCCUCGCUGUUGGAGCUGAGACCGCCGCGCCGGCUGCGAAAGUCCGUGGGUCCGCAUCCGAAAUUGAUCACGAAAAAGUAAGGAUCACUCGCGUAAGGAUCAUCCGAUCACGCGCCAUCCAUCCUCGUAAAUUCCUCGCUCAAAGCGAAGCACAGAGAGACUGUGCGAAUCGAAAGAGCCCGGGCCUAAAGUAUAGAAAACAAAAACGCAAAUCGAAAAAAAACUGAAAGAAAAAUCGUGAGACGAAGAAAGCGGAUUUGCUUGAUCAAAAAGAUCAAGAGUGAAAGAGGAGGAAAGAAAAAGAAAGAGAGAGAGAGAGAGAGAGAAGGACAAAACAAGAGAAACGUUUUAUAUAAGAACAAAAAGACGUUUGUAAAGUAACGUUUUUUUUUUCAGUUUUCAAGUAGAAAGCAGGAAAGAAAAUCGGACGGACGUUAAACAAAAAAAUAUUUUGCUUUUCGAUACACGUGUCUUUUUCUAGUUGAUUUUUCGCGAUUUUUCUCGUAAAACAUCAAGAAAAAAAAAGUGAUGCGCGCGUGCCUUCCCCGUGUUUGUGUAACGUGAAACCGCAUCGCGCAAUAUACUCGUUCUACACAGUUUCUGUAAGAGAAACGAAAAAAAAAAAACAAAAAUAGCGGAUAAUUAGAUCUCGCACGUACGCGCAUAUUAGUACGAGAGAGUGUGAAAAAGGGAGGCAUCGAAAAAAGCCGUGAUUGAGAGCGAAAAAAAAAUGGCCAUGGUCUCGACAUGUUCCGUUUUGAAGUAUCGUCUUCUGCUGAACGCUGCGCUCCUCGUGUUCCUCGUCGUUCUUCAAAGUUCUGCUAUCGCGGAUAAACCGGGCACGACGAAACCGGACCCGUGUCCAAGUGAGGUAUACUGCCACGGCGAUCUGCUGCACACGAUACAGAUGGCCGGCGUGUACAAGGACUCGAAGGAGUUCGUCGACAUGAAAAUGAAGCGGCCGCCGAACGAGACGCUGGCGGCGUUUCGUACCUUUAUGAAGAGAUUCAAGCAGAAACCUCCUAAGCCUGAAGUGGAGAAGUUCGUCAAUGACACGUUCGAGCCGCCCGGCUACGAGUUCGAGGACUGGGAUCCGGCCGAUUGGAAGCCGAAUCCAAAGUUCCUGGAGAAGAUCGAGGACGACGAGCUGCGAAAGUUCGGCUCGGACCUCAAUCACAUAUGGAAGAUGCUGGGCAGAAAGAUGAAGGACGACGUGAGAGACAACGAGGAGCUAUACUCCAUCAUUUACGUGCCGAAUCCGGUGAUCGUACCGGGUGGCAGAUUCCGCGAGUUCUACUACUGGGACUCGUACUGGAUUAUUAAAGGUCUGCUGCUGUCGGAGAUGCGAAACACCGUGAAGGGUAUGCUGAACAAUUUCGUGUCGAUCGUGGACAAGAUCGGUUUCAUACCGAACGGCGGUAGAGUCUAUUACAUGAUGCGCUCGCAUCCGCCGUUGUUGACGUCGAUGGUGGAGGAGUAUCUGAAGGAUAGCCACGACUACGACUGGCUGAAAGAGAAUCUCUGGCUGCUGGAGAAGGAAUUCGACUUUUGGAUGACUAACCGAACGGUGGAGAUCGAGAAGGACGGAAUAAACUACACACUCGCAAGAUACUACGAAGAGUCGUCAGGUCCUCGACCGGAAUCCUAUAAGGAGGACUAUCUGACGGGCCAAAGUUUUCGAACUUUCGAAGAGAAAGACAAUUAUUACGCAGAAUUGAAAACAGCGGCCGAGUCCGGAUGGGAUUUUUCCAGUCGAUGGUUCGUGCUCGAGGGUACCAACAAGGGUAAUCUGACGAAUCUCAAGACCAGAUCGAUAAUCCCGGUCGAUUUGAACACCAUGGUAUAUCGAAACGCCGUGCUGCUGGCGAAGUACAAUCGUCAUUUGGGCAACGAGACAAAGGCCGCGUAUUACACCGACAUCGCCGAGAAAUGGAAGGAGGCGAUCAGAGCGGUGCUGUGGCACGAGGAGGUGGGCGCCUGGUUGGAUUACGAUAUUUUGAACGACAUCAAGAGAGAUUACUUCUAUCCGACCAAUAUCAUCCCGCUCUGGGUGGACUGCUACGACACGUCGAAGAGAUCGGAAUACGUGUCGAAGGUGCUCAAGUAUCUCGAGAAGAAUCAGAUUAUGCUGAAUCACGGCGGUAUACCAACGACGCUGCAACACUCCGGUGAACAGUGGGACUAUCCCAACGCCUGGCCGCCCCUCCAGUAUUUCUUUAUUAUGUCGCUGGACAACACGGGCGAUCCUUGGGCGCAGAGACUGGCCUACGAAAUCAGCCAGAGAUGGGUCCGCAGUAACUACAAGGCUUUUAACGAGACGCACAGCAUGUACGAGAAGUACGACGCGACCGUUUCGGGCGGGCACGGUACCGGAGGUGAGUACGAGGUGCAGCUCGGUUUCGGCUGGUCGAACGGAGUCGUUAUGGAUCUGCUGGAUAAGUACGGUAACAAGUUGACCGCGGAGGAUUACUUCUCGCCAGACUUGGUCGAGAACGCGGCACCACCGCAGGUCGUCUCGACGGCCGGUCAAAUGCUGACCGGGCUUUUAGCUCUCGUCAUAUCGCUAGCGGCAGGAUUUAUAGGGAUGGUCGUGUACAAGAGGCGGCAUUAUUACGCGCCCGGUCCGUCGACAUUGCCGAACAAGAGGAAAGGAGGAUUGUCGAGCGGCAGCAACCUGUACCGGAAGCGGAUCGCAUACACCGAGCUGAAGGAUAUGAACAACGAUUGAUGACCGCUCAUGUUUUAGACCGUAUAUCGAUUUCUUACAUGACUAGAGUGAAGGAAGAGUGCGCGCAUACACGUGUAUAUAGGAGACGGGAAAUGGAGCGACCGACGAAAGACGGAGGAGGAAGCGCCGAGGAUGAAGUUGGCAAUGAGAUCACCGGCGUUAUGAGACACGCCAGCGUGGAGAGAAUUAAACGAUACGCCCAACGAUAGUGUUCUAUUGUAUAGAAACGAGCUGGAACGAGAAACUGAUUGGAAUAGAACGUGGGCGGUUCGCCGAAAGAGAACACACACAAGUAGUGUGUUCGACGGUGAAACUACGUGACACAUUAGUUCUGGGCGAGGUCUUCCACAUCAGGCUGCGAGAUCACGCCAGCGACCGGAAUGACAAACGUGCAGGAUCCAGAAGACAUGACCAAAGUUCGAGAGUCGCUUUCCGUCUAAUGGCUCUCUUAUUGCACUCAGAUACAAAGCAAGACGAGGCAGAGAAAGAAAGAAAGAAAUAGAGAAGCAAGAAUAGAUGUACCAUUUAGUGUAAAAAAUCAGAGUCCGAAUGUGUGUGUGUGUUUUUUUUUCUUGUGUAUGUGAGACGCGAGCUUUUAAAAUACGGCCCAUCCCGGCGGUAAGCAGGAUUUUCGUUUUGUGAUUUAGCGAGGUAUCGAACGGUGAGAAAGGUGGUGGAAAUUUUUGUAAAUUUAUUCAAACAACCGCGCGAAAACGUCAAGGGAUUUAAGCGGGAUUUAAGCAGGAUCUCUUUGAAUAUGAAUUGGAACGAAAAAGAACUCUCUUAGAUAUCAGCGAUACGUUAACUUCGAUUGUUUCUAAGAUGAUGUUUAAACGCGCGAAAUCAAGAUAAAACGAACGACCAAUUCAAACGUAAAGCUAACCUCCACGGUGCCAUUCAAAAUAUUAUAUAUAAAUAUUGUACAUAUAUACGGAAAUUCUGCACAAUUGUCAGAUCCAGUAACUUUUGUCACAACGAGAAAGAAAAAGAGUGAGAGAGAGAGAGAGAGAGAAAGCGCGCGCAUGCGGGGCUUUGCGAGUAAGUACGACGCUUAUAUAAAUUACUCGCGAUUUUAUAACGAAGGACGGGACGAUUGAUGUGAAAUACAAAUAAAAACCAAUAGGCAAUGAACUCUGUUAUUUGCAAACAUGAACGAUUAAUCGAAUGCAUGCGAAAAUGCAAGAUUAACGCGUGUAUGAAUGUGAUUAAAUAUUAAUGUUUAUAGAUGAAGUUACGUGUGGAAGAUAUCGUGUGAAUUAUAAUUAUAAAUUAUAUAUAUAUGUAUAUUUAGAUGAAUGUAGAUAGAGCGAAUCACUGACGACACCAGAGAUAGAUCAUUGAGGAUAAUGUUGUAUUUUUGCUGAUAUUUUUAUAAAACCGAGCGAGAACGAGCGUUUUUACUCCUUCCCUCCCUCGCGUUAUUUAGCGACCAAUUUUGCGGGCGUUCGCUGUACGCUGAGUAAAAAAUCGAAACAUACAUGUGCCGUGUACGACAGUUUGUUUAUUUUUUUAAUCAUCCGUGAUACGAAAACGACGCGGUGUGUGCAAGAGGUCGAAAGUUCCUUUGCCAAUCUCUCGGUAGAGCUCUUUCGCGCGCUCAACUAGUUUUAUUCUAUUUAAAAAGUUGAUUGAUUUUACGGUAUUUAUAUUUUGUUGUUUUUUCUUCUUUUUUUUUUUUUUUUUAAGUGUGCAGUAAGGCUUCGUAGAAUUAUUCUAGAGCUGUCAGAGAAGAGUUUGUUAAGCGCGAGUGUAAAAUUUAAUUGCGUCUGUACGUGUAACUUUGCUCUCUCGUUACAUAGUUUUUUUUUCUUUUUUUGUUUUUUAAGCGAGCGCGACAAACAAUCGUCGUAAUCUUUCGCGAUAUAGAGCGCUUUUCGAUGACGUCGUAGAUAUCGGUCGAGUUGUUGUGUAUAGAUGUGCGUGUUAGAUAAUAAACAAAAAGAAACAAAUCUUAUUUCUGGCCAGCGUGUGAUACGAGAGUACCUGGUUUAUUUACGACGUACUCGAAGAAAGUCUCCGAACACGCAUUGUACAUAUAUACAUACACGAAACUUGUGAGUUUAAGAACGAUUCGAGAAUUUUGCGACCUAAAUAAUAAUAUUGCAAAUAACUAUUUAUACAUAACAAUAAUAAUUAAUAACAACAACAACAAUAUAUAGAAAUAAUACGUGGGGUAAAAAUAUAUCUGACUGUAGUGUUGUAAGCGAAAGAUUUAUAGCACAUAUACAAAAAAUAAUUCUUUCCUACUUUCUUUGGUGUAUUCUUUUUAUGUUGUAUAUAUACAAAGAAUGUCAAUAAAUAUCUAUUUUAUCUGUAUUAUUUUUUUGCAUAUGAACUUUUUGGACGUGGAGUCUUUUUUUAUUCGUCGUAAAUAAAUUGCCGUACACGACGCACUCGGAUGUCCGGGAAUGAGGUGAAGUGAAUUAUUUAACAUUUUUGGGCGAGAAUCACAAAACGAACGAGAAUCUCGACUCACGCAAUCGAGAGCGGCGACUUUGUUGUAGAGAAAUCGCCGAGUUUGAUCGUAAAUAGAAUAUUCUGGCGCCAUGCUUGCUAUGAUCCUUGCUCUUGUUGCCGUCUGCUUAUUUUUAGACCGUCUCAGUUGCGCAUACGUGUGUACAUACAUACAUACGUAUACGGAUCGUGGCACGUGGUGCAUCAGAAGAAGAGUGAGCAUGCGAAUCUAGAAACGAUGUUGCGCAAUAAUCAAUCGGUUGAUUGGAAAAACGGUCCUACCGAAUCGUUCGAAGAAACGUAAGCUUUAGGUUUCAUCUUAGUAUUAUUAGUGCGUAUCUCUUCCUCCUAGAUAAUUUAUUUAAUCCAGCAACUCUCGAUUAAAUCCUCGCGACGAGAAUGAAAGAAAAAAAAAAGACAAUUGUUAUUAGUAAUACACAUAGAACAUUCAAUUUGUUUUUGAACGUAGCAAAUGUCUUUGGUCACAAGUGCACACGUAGUUUUAUAUAGUUUUUUUUUAAUUAUACGGAAUCAAUUGAAAUAUUCUUGAUACUCUAACUGCGGCGCAGUCUGUUGCAUCGAGUCGUUUUACAGUUUGAUCUUGAAAUGAAAUUGUUUGCGUUUGUAAGUAACGAUGCGAAUGUAAAACAAUGAUAAUAAACGUAUUAGCACACGCGAAGGAUUAUACACAUAUACUAAUAUCGAAGUAAACUCAUCUAAAAAUUUUUAUUGUAUAAUGUGUAUUAUAUCUAAUAAUAUUCUCUUUGGAAGAAGAGUGAAUUAUAAUCCGCAAGGAAGUGCGCAUUUUAAAAUUGCUUAAUUGUAUGAGUAAUUUAUCUUGUGCUUCUGUGAAGUGUGCAAGAAAUAUCUCGAACGCUUGCUUAUCAAAUUCGACGAAAACUCGAGAGAACGAGCGAGCGCUAUUGUUUUUCUUACGAUCGUUUACAUAGAAACUAUAACACGAAACUGAUACGUGAUGCCAUAAAGAGUGUAGCGCGUAUGUAAUAAAAAGCUUUAUCGGUAUGUGUAAUAAACAUAGCGAUUAGAUAUGCAUGUUGAAAGAUUAAUUUAUGAAAUAAUUGCGAGGUGAGAGAAUUAAUCGGUGUUUGUACGACAAAGACCAAGUUGCAAGUAAAUGAUAUCUCAUCUUAGAUAUACGCCACUUCGAAGAAAGCGUUUCUAUUUGUAAUGUACAUAAAAAAAAAAAAAAAACACAUGCGUGCGACGAAAUUCGCAUUACGGUCGAAAAAAAAAAAUUAAAAGUGAUAAUAUUAAAUUCAAUUAUUCCUAUUAAAUAAAUUUUUCUUCACUUGCUGAUAUUGUUUUCUAAUUGAUGCGCGUUACUAGAGUUUUAUAGGCUUUUUUAUAUCAAAUACACGCCAAUUUUUAUCUGGCAAAGCAAAUAAAUUUUUAUCAAACGUAUUUCAUAAGAUACAGAGAGAGAGAGAGAGAGAGAGAGAGAGA